UCUCUCUCUUCCACGCCACUCCCUUCUCUCUUCCAAUUGAUUGCGCGUCUUUGCCUCGGUCACAUUCUCAUUUGCUCAACUACUGUAACCUUUAUUUUCGUCUAUUUCUUCCUUUCAAUUGAGCCCUCUUUCCAUCUUCCACACGCAAUCUCCCUUGUUUCUUUGAAACUUCCUCUCUUUUACCGAAUACCCAUUUUAUUUAAGUCUCUCUCUUUUCUCUUCUCACUCAUUUCUGCUCCCCUGUUCCUGAUUUUGCUAUCUGGGUUCUUGAUUUCUUCGAGUUUGGUGCUGAGUUCUGAGGUGAAUUUGUUGCAGAGAUGGAGAGUAACCCUCAAUCGUUCAGGCAAUUCAGCGACCAGCUUCGUUUUCAGACUGGGAAUCUCGCGAACCUUUCUCUCAACGAUUCCAUUUGGAGCAACUCUUAUGGCUCCAAGAGGCACGAGGAGAGGAGGAAUUUCGAUGUUCAAAAUGGUGGAGAGGUAAAUUCGUUGAACAAUUUUAAGCCUGGUAAAGUGUCUGAUUCAGAUAUCAAUCGGUUCAAUGAUGGGUGGAAUAGUUUUAAGCCUACUACUGCUUCUUCUGAUGUUAAUUAUUGGAGUAACAGUAGCAGUAAUCUGAACUCAACUGGGUAUGACAAGAAUGCACUCAAUGUGUUUGAUAAUGGGUGGAAUAGUUUUAAGCCUAAGGGGUCUGAUUUUAAUGCCUUCAAUGAUGGGUGGAAGCUUAGUUCUGCAAAUAUGGGGGUUGAUCCUAUGAUUGGAGGACCCCAAAAGGGUAUUAAUGGAGGGUUUAACAAAGGGAUUUACUCCAAAAUCCCAAAUUACAACAGUAACAGUUUUGUGAAUCUGAAGAACUACAAGAACAGUGGGAAGGUUGAGGAAGACCAUGGGGUCAAGAGUGGGAAGAAGAACAGCAACAAGAAGAAUAGUGGUGAAAAUACCUAUGAUAAUAAGGAAACUAAUAAGAAUGCUUUGGACAAGAGGUUCAAGACCCUUCCCCCAUCUGAGUCUUUGCCCAGAAAUGAAACAAUUGGUGGAUAUAUCUUUGUCUGCAACAAUGAUACAAUGCAAGAGAAUCUCAAGAGGCAGCUUUUUGGUUUGCCUCCAAGGUACAGAGAUUCAGUCAGGGCCAUAACUCCCGGGUUGCCUAUUUUCCUUUACAACUAUUCUACCCACCAACUUCAUGGGAUCUUUGAGGCUGCAAGCUUUGGAGGGACGAACAUCGAUCCGACUGCCUGGGAAGACAAGAAAACCCCUGGCGAAUCUCGAUUCCCGGCGCAGGUGAGAAUUAUGACUAGGAAGAUAUGCGAUCCACUGGAAGAAGACUCUUUCAGACCAAUUCUUCACCACUACGAUGGCCCCAAGUUCCGCCUCGAACUCAACAUUCCGGAGGCACUCUCUCUGCUGGAUAUAUUUGAAGAACAAUCCUCUUGAACAUCAGAACAUGUUGAUACACUUAACACAGAUGUAUACGACAAGCAUACGCAAAUUAGUCGAUAGUAUUUACCGACGAUCGAUCAAAAUAACGUAGUGGUGAGUUUUGAGAGUUUGGAUUCAUGAAGAAUCAUCAUCUCCUCUAAGCUAUAGAAUGUCAAUGUCUGUAUAGAGACAGACUGUUGGUGUUUGCUUUGCUCUGGCUGGUGGUGUUGGCAAGUUCAGUUGUGAAUGAAAAAAAAGUACACAACUGUACUGAGGAAGAAGUUGCUGAAGUUGGAAAAUGUUUCAAUAGUAAUGUAGUAAUAAAUGAGUUGUAUUGUAUGAGAUGAACUUGUUUUCAUCCUUUGUUUCCACGUCGAUGUUUUAAAAGUUUUAAUUUCGUCUCUAAUAUUUCAGAACCUGAAAUCCUUAAUUCAUAAUGCUUGGAAAAUGAAAUAAUAGAACGGUGACGAAGUAUUUGAGUUAUCCCCA